GACAACGUUCUUGAUUGACACUUUUCCGCCGGGCCAGGAUAUGCGUGUAUGUGCGCGCCUGUGCUUUGCCUGAUUUUGUUAUAGUUCAUCUGGGCGAUGUAAACGGUGCAAAGCAUGUCCUCCAUACAUGCGUUAACGUAGCACCUGAGACACUGAUCCUUCGGUUUCAUUCUCGGUUUUUUUCCCCCCGGGAUCACGGGGGAAUUGCAACUGUUUAUAAGGUAUCCUUUAGAUUCCAUCCGGAGGGUGUAAGCUUUACUGCCAAGGAUUCAACACCGUGGCCGAGGCGGAUGUUGUACUCAGUCUACAUGAUUUCUUUGGCGUCAUCAAUUUGAAAUUUAUUAAGCAAGAUAAUCAUGGCGAGCGAUUCUCCCGCUAGAAGUUUGGACGAGAUUGACCUUUCGGCUCUGCGGGACCCUGCAGGCAUAUUCGAGCUGGUGGAACUCGUUGGGAAUGGAACUUAUGGUCAAGUGUACAAGGGCUGCCAUGUCAAGACGGGGCAGCUCGCUGCGAUCAAGGUCAUGGAUGUCACCGGAGAUGAGGAAGAGGAAAUCAAGGCGGAGAUCAACAUGCUGAAGAAGUACUCCCACCACCGCAACAUUGCCACCUACUACGGUGCCUUCGUCAAGAAGAACCCGCCUGGCAUGGACGACCAACUCUGGUUGGUGAUGGAGUUCUGCGGUGCAGGCUCGGUGACUGACCUGAUUAAGAACACGAAAGGGAACUCUCUUAAGGAGGAGUGGACGGCCUACAUCUGCAGGGAGAUCCUCAGGGGUUUGACCCACCUGCACCAACACAAGGUCAUCCACCGGGACAUCAAGGGCCAGAACGUCCUGCUGACCGAGAACGCUGAGGUCAAGCUGGUGGACUUUGGUGUGAGCGCGCAGCUGGAUCGGACGGUGGGCCGGAGGAACACGUUCAUUGGCACGCCGUACUGGAUGGCCCCAGAGGUCAUCGCCUGCGACGAGAACCCAGACGCCACAUAUGACUUCAAGAGUGAUCUGUGGUCUUUGGGAAUCACAGCCAUGGAGAUGGCAGAGGGAGCUCCACCGCUGUGCGACAUGCACCCUAUGAGGGCCCUCUUCCUUAUCCCCAGAAACCCGGCGCCCCGGCUCAAGUCUAAGAAGUGGUCGAAGAAGUUCCAGUCGUUUGUGGACAGCUGCCUGGUGAAGAACCACAACCAGAGGCCCAGCACGGAGCAGCUGCUCAAGCACCCCUACAUCCGCGACCUGCCCAACGAGAGGCAGGUCCGCAUCCAGCUGAAGGACCACAUCGACCGCACCAAGAAGAAGAGGGGCGAGAGGGAUGAAACGGAGUACGAGUACAGCGGCAGUGAGGAUGAGGAGGAGCGGGAGAUGGGCGAGCCCAGCUCCAUCAUCAACAUCCCCGGCGAGUCCACGCUGAGGCGGGACUUCCUGCGCCUGCAGCUGGCCAAUAAGGAGCGCUCUGAGGCUCUGCGGCGGCAGCAGUUGGAGCAGCAGCAGAAUGAGGAGCACAAGCGCCAGCUACUGGCCGAGCGGCAGAAGCGCAUCGAGGAGCAGAAGGAGCAGCGGCGGAGACUGGAGGAGCAACAGCGCCGGGAGCGUGAGCUGAGGAAACAGCAGGAGCGGGAGCAGAGGAGACGCUAUGAGGAGAUGGAGCAGCUUAGGAGAGAGGAGGAGCGUCGGCACGCCGAGAGGGAACAGGUGGGGCAGGAGUACAUCCGCAGGCAGCUGGAGGAGGAGCAGAGGCAGCUGGAGAUCCUGCAGCAGCAGCUCCUGCAGGAGCAGGCCCUUCUCCUGGAGUACAAGCGGAAGCAGCUGGAGGAGCAGAGGCAGGCGGAGCGUCUGCAGCGGCAGCUCCAGCAGGAGAGGGCCUACCUGGUGUCCCUUCAGCAGCAGCAGCAGCAGGACGCCAGGCCCGGGGACAAGAAGCAGCUCUACCACUACAAGGACUCGGUCAACCCCGCUGACAAGCCAGCCUGGGCCAAAGAGGUGAUGACACGAGCCCAGAGUAACUCCCCCAGACCCCCAAAGAGGUACCACUCCUUCAACACCCCCAGGGAUAACCAUGGCCACAAGAGCCUCACCCCCAGCCCCAACCCCCGCCACCGUCGCUCCCCGGCCCGCCCUCCCUCCUACCCUGCGGCCUCCCCCUCCCGCUCUCGCAAUGCCAACCUCCCCUCCAUCCGCGUGUCGUCCUGUGAGCCCAACCUGGAAGAUCUGCUGAAGCAGUUCUCGGCACGCAAGGCCGAGUCCCGCGGGCGUAGCCCUGACCGCUCACACAGACGGGUGGAGGAGCGGUCCAAGCUGAACCGCCAGAGCUCACCAGCCCUGCAACACAAGGUGGCCAACCGCAUCUCCGACCCGUCCCUGCCCCCUCGCUCCGAGUCCUUCAGCAGCGGGGGCAUCCAGCAGGCACGCACGCCCCCCAUGCACCGAUCCAUCGAACCGCAGAUGGCCCACCUGGUCUCGGUGAAGUCACAUGGUUCCUCCAUGUCGGGCUCCCAGUCUCUGCAUGACCAGUCUUCCCCGGGCGUCUCAGCCUUCCAGGAGAGCCUCUCGCCCCACCGCCCACCCAUGCCUCGCCAGAACUCGGACCCCACCUCCGAGACUCCGCCCCCCCCGCCGCGCGUCGCCAGCCGCGACGACAAGUUUGACCGCUCCUGGCUGAGGCAGGACGAGGACCUCCCCCCUAAGUAUGAUCAAGCUGGUCCUCCUCAUUGGAAGGUGCCACAAAGGACCACCUCGAUAUCCCCGGCGCUGGUCAGGAAGAACUCCCCUGGGAAUGGACCAGGUGGCCUGGGCCCACGGACUGGGUCCCAUCUCAUCCGGGCCAGUAACCCAGACCUGCGGAGGACGGAUGUUUCCACGGAGUCGGCCCUCCAGAGGACCAGCAGCGGGAGUUCGUCCAGCUCCAGCACCCCCAGCUCCCAGGGUGGCUCCGGCGAGAGGAAGCGUGUGGGAGGGUCCUCGAAGCCUGAGGGAUCUCCAGCCGUCUCCCAGGAGAGCAAGCCCAAAACACAGGAGGAGGGCAGGGAGAUGCCCCGGCCUAGCCGGCCCGCGGAUCUGACUGCUCUGGCCAAAGAGCUGCGUGAGCUGCGGUCCAAUGAGGACACCCACCGCCCGCCCGUCAAAGUGACGGACUACUCGUCCUCCAGUGAGGAGUCGGAGAGCGACGAGGACGAGGAUGGCGAGGGCGGAGCCCACGAUGGCACUGUGCAUGUCAGCGACGUCCCGCGGAUCAUGCCUUCAGUCGGCCCGGCUGGUAAUGAACCCUUUGGUGGCCCGGGCAACCUGGAGGACUCUCAUGGCAAUGACACUUACGGCAACAACUCCAAGGACAGCACGCUGAUGAUGAGAGAGACGUUUGGGGACAGAAAGCGCCCGGGUCACGCCGAGAGCAACGGCUUCCCCGGUAACGCCAAUCUGCCUGAUCUAGUGCAGCAAAGUCACUCCCCCUUGGCCACUCCAGGCGAGGGCUCGGGCCGGCGCCCCAGUCUGCUCGCGCAGGACCUGGACUCGGUGGCCGAAUAUGGGAUGGGCAUCGGCUCAAAGGCCUCCUUCACUCCGUUCGUUGACCCGCGGGUGUACGGGACGUCCCCCACCGAUGACAAUGAUGAGAACUCGGCCACAGCCCUGUUUGAGGACGAGCUGAUGCGGCAGCAGGAGGAGCAAGAGCAGGCUCGGCUCAACGAGGCCCGCAAGAUCUCGGUGGUCAAUGUCAACCCCACCAACAUUCGGCCCCACAGCGACACUCCCGAGAUCCGCAAAUACAAGAAGCGCUUCAACUCUGAGAUCCUGUGUGCAGCACUGUGGGGGGUGAACCUGCUGGUGGGCACAGAGAAUGGCCUGAUGCUACUGGACCGCAGUGGUCAGGGAAAGGUGUACAACCUCAUCAACCGCCGACGCUUCCAACAAAUGGAUGUUCUGGAGGGCCUUAAUGUCCUGGUCACCAUAUCAGGCAAGAAGAACAAGCUGAGGGUAUACUACCUGUCCUGGCUGAGGAAUAGGAUACUUCACAAUGACCCAGAGGUGGAGAAGAAACAGGGCUGGAUCACUGUUGGAGAGCUGGAGGGUUGUGUCCACUACAAAGUUGUGAAAUAUGAAAGGAUCAAGUUCCUGGUGAUCGCCUUGAAGAACGCAGUGGAGAUAUACGCCUGGGCUCCAAAGCCAUACCACAAGUUCAUGGCUUUCAAGUCUUUCACAGAUCUGCAGCACAAGCCUCUGUUGGUGGACCUGACCGUGGAGGAAGGUCAGAGGUUAAAGGUUAUCUAUGGUUCCAGCGUGGGGUUCCAUGUGAUUGACGUGGACUCUGGGAACCCGUAUGACAUCUACAUCCCGUCCCAUAUUCAGAGCAGUGUCACCCCCCACGCCAUUGUGGUGCUCCCCAAGACCGACGGGAUGGAGAUGCUUCUGUGUUAUGAAGAUGAGGGGGUCUAUGUGAACACUUACGGCAGAAUCACUAAAGACGUGGUGCUACAGUGGGGAGAGAUGCCCACCUCUGUUGCCUACAUCCACUCCAACCAGAUCAUGGGCUGGGGAGAGAAAGCCAUUGAGAUCCGCUCCGUGGAGACGGGACACCUCGACGGAGUUUUCAUGCACAAGCGAGCUCAGCGACUGAAAUUCCUCUCCGAGAGGAAUGACAAGGUCUUCUUUGCUUCCGUUCGUUCAGGAGGCAGCAGCCAAGUUUUCUUUAUGACCCUAAACAGAAACUCCAUGAUGAACUGGUAAACUGUCGUCAGCCAUCACCCCAUCACCAUCAACAGUUCAGUUGACAUGAGGCAGUUUGGGAAAACGUGAAGGAAAAAUGGAAAGAUGAGAAGAGAAAAGAAAAGGAAAUAUUGGUUAAAACUAACAAUAAAGAACAACACGGAAUGACACUGCAAUCCACAAUGAGUGAAAUAACCUUUACAGAAAGCACAUCAGGAGAGCAUAUUAUGGGUCAGGAAAACAGUUUGAAGGAGAUUCAAGAUGUUUAGAUGCCACCUGUCACAGAAGAAAAGACCCUUCUCUGGAACUCCAAAAAGCCAAAUUCGUCCUCUCUGAGGUCGUCUGUUGUGUUUUCCAAACAAAUAUUUAUUUCAGCUCCUUUGGACUGGCAAGAGAAUGAGGUCCCAUGCUUCAAAUAAAGUGUCUUCAUUAAAGAAAUGGUUUAGUGCAAAUAAGAUAAGACACUUUUGAUGCUGUGGUAUUUUACAGUAGAGUUGUACAUUUACACCUGAAUGAUAGAAAGGAUAUGUGUACAGGGGUGGUAUGUGUAUUAAACUUCAAACUGUCUGAACCUUGUCUGUUGUGAAACACAUCACCACCACCAUUUUGUUGUAAGGCUUUCCUGAAGUCCUUCACCAGUAGCUGUUCUCGAGUGUGUCUGUGAAUGUGCAUGUUUGAGUGUUUGAAUGGAUGCUUUCUAUCAGAAAAGCGAUGCCACAUCACUGGAAAACAAAGAUUCUUGGAGAGAAAAACAUACCGAAAUGAGGCGAUUUGAGAUAUAUUUUUCAUCAUAGUUGGUAAUGGUAACUGUCAUUCACCGAUUCUGCCCUUUCUUUUGUUCAACAAAACAAAUGUUUUCCUAUUGGUGUACAAUAAUCCUACAAUGAUCUGUCAAGACAUGGGUAUAUCAUGUCAUACAGCCAUGCAUAGUAAUAGCAGGAAAGGGAGUAACGGAUUGGAAUUGUGGGUAAUAUUAUCAGGUCUCUGGUAGGUGCACUCAUCCUCUCCCCCUUUCGGAGUCCCCUCCCAUACAUCCUGCCAUGAUCAGUGAUCAUUUGUGCGUUGAACACUGUUACCAAAAUGAAUCUUCACUGCAACUGUGACCGAAUGGGAGAAAUGCUUAUACUCAAAUAACUGUGCCAAGGGAACUGGUAUUGAGAAUAGCUGUGGGUUUGAAAAAAAUAGAAUGGAGUGUUCAUUUGUAGAGCUUCCUCCUAACCUACCUCGUUUGUUCAUUUCUGUUUUCCUAUCUUUAAUGCUUCAUAAGACUGCUCCUCCACAGCUUUGUAAAGUCACAACAUGCUUUGUCUUUCUAUUCAAAAGAUCAUGCAAAAGUAGUUGCAGGAAAAAAAAAAACCUUGGCUAAAGUUGGAUUUGUAUAGUUAACAAUAAUUAGUUAGAAGCAGCCAUUUAUGACAAGAGGAAUUGCUUGAUUUAAAAAGUAAUCAUAGUAUGACAUUUGAAAAAUAUCUUAAGGGAAAACAACAUGUGGACCAGGGAAACCUCUGUGCCAAAAAUGACGCUCCAUUCAGGAAGAGCCAAAAAUACUUUCUACUAAGUAAUUUCAGUCAUGUUUCCCCCGACAAGGUACAGGUUAGUCUGAUCUGUAGCCAUUGAGAAUGAAAGUUAGACAAAAAAAGAAUGAAAUGAAUUAUCAGUUAAUUAUCACCUCUUCAUCUCACAAUAUUAUAGGGAUUCAAUGUUUUGAUCAUUUCAAUCAUUUCCUAUGUAAAAAUGCAUUUAUUUUUCUGUAGGUACCAAACUGUGAAACUGUGUGUGUGUGUGUGUCCACAGACGCAUUUAAGCAUGGGUAGGAGUUCACUGUUUCCCUGCCAACGCAGGGACCUAACAAAAGUCAGAGAAACAAAUCUAUGAUAUGAGGAUAUUUGUCAUUUUCUUUAAUGCGCUGCCUGCCAUUUGGAUUCUGUAUUUGUACACUCGUUUCUAUGGAGUUUUAUAAUAAGUUUGUGUGCUCUCACUCGGAUUAAAUCUGGACUAAUAUCAAUCAAAAACUCUGUCAAAUGUAACUGAUUGUAAUAAGUUUAGUAUGUUUAGGCUGACUAGAUUGUCAGAGUCCAAAUAUUCAUGAUUUGAAUAAUUAGACUAUCUUUUAUCAGUGGCAGAUUUUAACUGUAAAAUGCACAUAAUUGUGUACAGUCGUGAAGACAUGGUCUUAUUAAAUCGAUUUCUGUGUGGUUUAGUUACAUAGCACCAUACUGAAAUAUGCUUUUAGGAAAGUUAUACCUGUUCAUACAAGAUGGAUGAUGUGAAUGGGGAAUAUAUUGUCAUGCACUAGAGUACUGCCUUAUGUCAGCAUUGAGAAACUUGCAUUGUGUUUCGCCAGAGACUUGACAUAGACCGAAAACUUAUGUCAGUAUUGAAGUCCUGCCGCAGGAGCUGUUCCUCUUACCCUGUGACAUUCUCCAAAGCUGCAUAAAACAGAGCUCUUUCACUAAGUCACAUUUGCUGUUGGAGGAAGGAAAUGAAAUGUUUUUAUUCAUACCUUCUCCAUUUCAUUAUUACUUAUUUGUUUUAAUGUCAGCGCGGUGAACAGGGUGUAGACCUCUCAUGCUGACUGAACGCACUCUCUCACUGUACAAAUCUCUAUAUACUUGUGAUUGGAAAACUCACACACUGAGUCUUCCACCUUUUUUUGGUCUGUAUUCAUUCAAACUGGUUGUAAGAAAUGUUCAUGAAUAUGAUCCACUGUGUAGAAUAUUGGUCAAGUUUUGCUUUCCCAUCUUAGUUAUUGUUCAGUAUACAUCAUCUUAUCUGGAAUAUUUGUUUGCCUACAACUACAGUGUUACUUUCUUUCUAGACAGGUUCUUUUCUAUAAUUUUAUGAGAAUAGUUAUUGUGUCUGAAAGUGCUAUGAAAUCUCUUAUUAGAAUGUCAGAGAUUAUUAAAUAUCAGUGCUUUAAGUAAAGACAAUUGAUCCAGUUUCAAAGUUUUCAACCAGUACUGUAAAAUGCUUUCUUCAUAUUCUCUUUUUAUGUCUGCUUUUCUGAGUUAUAGGAAAAUGAACUUAUUUGGCCAUCCUUUUCUUUUUGUGGUGAUAUUACCUUGGUCUUUGGUUUGUUUUGCACAAGAUUAAUAUUUAUAUUUGAGGAAGGAAGACAUUCGUAAUAAAUGGAGAACAGAUCGUGACAUAAUCUGGGUCCUGCAAAGGUUGCCGUGAACUCUGCAUCAAACAUUAUCAUUUAGCAAUAAAGUGCACAACUGUUUUACGCGA